UGCGAUCACCUCGUCAUUGACAAUGCGAUGACAUUUAAGUCGCUGUGCCGAAGGGAGGAAGAAAUAAGCAUAACGUCCAUUUUCAUCCGUCCGUUGAAACUAUCGUUGUCGUCGUCGUUGCCGUUAUUUUCACGCGAUUCAAUCGAUAGCUAAGUCUCAAGUACGAUGAAAUUUCCGGCAAUAAAGCAUCCACGCGCUAAAUAAGAGCGCUAAAUAAGGCAUGCGACCAAAAGCGCUCAUGGUGGUAAUAAUAUUCGAUGACGCAACAUUUGACAUUUGUUGUCGCUCUCUUCGGAGGAUAUUAAAACCGAAAUAUCGCGGCACCGAGAGGUUCACUGUUAUAGCCGCAUAUACUGUCAAGCCGAGCACGGUCGUCGUCCAUCUAUGCACGACCAUUGUUAGCGCGGAGCCGCUGUAGACUCUAUCGACACAAUUUUGAUUACAUGCUCCACAAUGCUUGCGGUUUCUUCGACGUUACCUUGGCGUGGGGACACAUGGCCGACGUGUACGUCAUUGCCGCAACGAACGAAGGCUUCAGUCAGGAUUUCACGGAUGCUGGAGACAAUGAGAGGCGACGUUAUGAGACCGGAUCUGCUGGAGUUCGCAGCCACGCGAUAGCUUAUCGGGACGCAAUUUCGACGGACGCCGAUGCCGCAUCGGAGGAUCCGAUUCGGGCCGAGCAGAGUCGGCUUGAAGGUGAGGUUCACCGAUCGUUUGUACAUUUCUUCUUAAUUUAUUACGAUUGAAAACAAGCCGAGCGAUUGAAAUAAAAGCCGUUGAAUUACAAUGGCAAAGGGUCAACGUUUGUAUCUGCGCGCGCGCUUCCGCGAAUUGAACUCAACCUAAUCUAACUUUUGACCUAACGGUUUAACUAACGAAACUA